UUCAAGGUACACCGACGUCGAUAGCCUUCAAUCACUUUUUUUCAGUGCUUCCAACAAUGAGCAGACGUGGAAAUAAUGUUCGGGGACCUACAUCUGCAUUGACUGAGUUUCUUCGGGAGUCAGGUAUUAAUCCUACUACCAUUGCUCGUCGAGUGGCUACCCAGAAUCAGCCUGAGAGCCGGUCACAAGAUCAAUCUGUAGCUGGUCCGAGUAACUCUGGGGAUAACGUGGAAGAUGUUCCAGAAGAAGAGCAACCGGAGGAAAGUGCUCCACAGGCGUCGAAUGGCCGACGUGGUCGAGGCAGGAACACUGGCUAUGCCUCAGACGAGCUCGACGAGCCUGCGGAAGAAUCUCCUGUUAAAAAACGGAAGGGUACAAAGGGCCGAGCGACGGCCACCGCAAAAACCAAGGCCAAGAAGAAAGCGAAAGACGAUGGUGAAUAUGAAGGCUCCUCUGAGGACGAAUACCGGGCAAUGUCGAAGAAUCUCUGGUCAGUGGGUGGAAACAGUAGUCCUAAACCUCCAGCUGGGAGCUUCGAAACCUGCGCGAGAUGCGAAAAGCAGUUCACUGUGACAAAGUAUACUAUGGCAGCCAAUCCGCCUCCUGGCUAUCUCUGCCACCAUUGUGCCAAGGCUUCUGGUACCGACCCUUUCAAGAAGCCCGUAGUCCCUCGCAAACGCGUUAAUGUCACGGAAAAACGGGAUGUUAUCAGUUAUCAGGAACGCCGUUUUCCAUCUCUUGCGGCAAUAUGCAUCGAGCUUAUCAGCCGCUACAUUAACGAUGUGGAAGCUUUGGGUGAUAUAGGUGCUGUGAACAUGGAUGAAAUUGCGAAAGCUCUCUCUAAGAACCGUGGUCUCACUCCUGAGAAUGCACAUUUGUUCUAUGAUGUGCUCAACAAGAAGCUGAGGUUCUAUGAUGCAACUAAUUUGACUCCAGACGCAUUGACAACCCUCGCUUCCCUCAACCCCAACUUGACUCACUUACAUCUUGAUUAUUGUGGGCGUCUCACAUCGCCCGUCCUUUUAGCUUUUUCCACUUCAAUGCCGCAGUUGACUUCCCUGACACUCCUUGGCCCGUUCCUCGUACGGGCUGAAGCCUGGAUCGAAUUCCUCAAGGCUAUGUCAGGCUUGGGAGUGUUCAAGAUCACGCAAAGUCCAAGAUUCGAUUUAGAAUGCAUGCAGACACUCGCAGAUAGCUGCAAAAAUAUCGGAGAGCUCUCAUUGAGGGAAAUUGGUUUGAUGGACAACGAAUUUGCAGAUCCUUUAUGCUCUCUACCGCCAUUGAAAGUGCUAGAUUUGGCGUUUCCAGGAAUAGGCAUAGAUGAAGACGGUUGGAUGAAGAUCAUAGAAAAGCACGGGAGCACUCUUGAAACACUUGAUACCUCAAAGCAUGAAGGAUUCACUGACCAUGUCCUCCAGGAGAGUGUCAGGAAAUACUCCCGUAUCUUGUUCGAAUUAAAACUGGACGAGUGUCUUAGUCUCACUGAUGGAGGCGUGGCGCAAUUCUUUGGCAACUGGGCUUAUCCCAUAUCCACUCUGAAAGACGAAGGCGACGAUAUGGAUGUGGACGCUGACCCUGUCGAAGUCAGUCUCACUUCCCUCGAACCAUUCACGCCAAAUCCACCGUUGCGCGUACUGUCUCUUGCCCGAAAUCAGGAGCUCUCAAGUGCGGCACUCGCAGCUGCCAUCGUACAUUCUGCGCAGUCACUCACGUGGUUGAAUGUGAAUGGACUACGCAGCGCUUCCUCUGAAGCACUUGCACAACUCAAGAGGGCGAAAGAACUGCGCUAUCUAGAUGCUGGGUGGUGUCGGGAGCUAGAUGAUUUUGUGAUGAAAGAUGUUGUCACAGUGUGCACGAAGUUGAACGAGAUUAAGGUGUGGGGAUGUAGUCGCGUAAGGGGUGUUGGUUGGGGUGUGAAGAGAGCCAUAAAGGUUCAUGGGAUCGAACCCAGCGGGGGCAUGUAAAAAUAUCGUGUGGUUACCUGGUGCCAGCAUUGCAUGUACAUGCUUGAGAUGGUGUAGUUAUUUACAGGUUUUUCGGCCGCCUUUUUCUCGUUGAGCACACUGAAGCCUACUUUCAUUACUGACAGACAAGCCAAUGACCGUCUG